GGAAUAACCACUCACUUUGCAUGUAACGGAUAAACUACAAUCUUCACAAAAACAUGGCCGAGCCAGCACCAGGGGAAUUUCUCUUUCAUCGUGGACAGGAAGAGGAAGAAGAAGACAUUUGGGAUGACACAGCCCUGAUAAAGGCCUAUGAUGAAGCAGUAUCAUUGGUGAAGAUGAAAGUAGCUGAGCAAAAUGGAGAAGUUACACCAGAAGUAGGUGCUACAGCUGGAGGAAAAACCAAGAAGAAGAAAAACAAGAAAAAACAAAGACAGCAAAAUAAACCUUUAACGAUUGGAAGCCUGUGUCGGGCCCGCUACACUGAGGAUGGCUGUAACUAUGAUGCAGAAAUCAUCUCCAUUGACAAUGAUGCAGGCACCUGCGUUGUUCGCUACUUGAACUAUGGCAAUGAGGAGGAACAAGAGUUGGCCAAACUUGCCCCCCUCAAAACUAAAACACAAAAACUGCUACAGCAAAGAUUGGAUCAGUCAGAGACUGAUAGUGGUGUAGAUGGGAGAAGUGAGAAGAGCUCAUCUCGUCAACCCCCCUCUCACACCGGCAGCAUGAAUCCUCCUCAGGCCCCGUUCACACCUCCAUGGGGAGCCCCACCCCUCACUCACACUGGGCCAAGUCAAAUGGGCUUUAUGCCCCCUAUGUUCUCUGGUGGUUCUGGUUUUGGUGGGCCCUGGAGUGCCUCACAGACAGCUCCGAUGAUGCCUCCCCCUCCCCCUCCACCACUGGCUGACAUGGAAGAAACAGAGAAUGAGGCCCUGGCCAGUAUGCUCAUGUCUUGGUACAUGAGUGGGUACCACACUGGCUACUACCAGGGCCUUCAGCAGGGGAAGAAGAGUGUUGGAUACAGCAGCCAUUUUGUAAACAGAUGACAGCCCAUGCAUCAUUAGAUAUGUUGGAUCUGCUCUCAGUGAAUGAAGAAUGUAUGGCAUCUUACCCAGAGGUCUACAGUCACUCUAUAGGAAAUAACAGAAAGUUAUUACUGAUAUUGCAUUAGACAAGAAGAGAGAAUUUGUUUGCCGUUAGUAAUACAAAGUUGUCAAUGUGUUAUAAUAUUGUGCCGAUAUAUAAAAUCUGCAAGAUUUUGAUGAGAAUAAAGUCUACUUUUCUCUAA